AUGUCACAUUCCUUGAGGAUGAUGCUGAACGAAGAAGAUAUUGAGGUCAACGUCCCGAUCCCACGAACUGGCCCUGACUCUAGAAUCAUUGAACUUACUUCCGAUGAAGAAAAGGAAGAAAAAGAAGCCAGCACCGGUGAGACUCAUAUGCCAAACGUAACUGUCAAACGCGGCCGAGGCCGCCCACUCGGUUCGAAGAAUAAACCAAAGAACCCGGACGCCAUUCCAAUGGAUCGCCCUCGUUGCACUCAAACUCGAGUAGUUGCAGACGUUGUAGACGAACAGGAAGAUGCCCUCCCAUCCACCCCGAGUACGCCGGAUGAAGCCAGCUACUUCGUAUACUGCUUCGCAGUUAGCUCGCCAGCUGAACCAACGUCAUUCAAACAGGCUGAAAGAUACAAACUACAGGGCGGGUCAGCGUUGUGUCUUCUCAUACUCCUCUCGAUUCCCUUCCUCCGCAAGUCCUCCUACGAGAUCCUCCUCCGCGCUCAUCAAGCUCUGGCAUCACUCGUAGUGUAUUCCGUUGUACGACAUCUCAUAUCCCAGUCGAACUUCGACUGGAGCUAUGUCUACAUUUUCGCAGGGGUAUUCGCCGCACUGCUCACCUUUCAAUGA